AUGACAGGCGCAGAUGAGCAAGACCAAUCGGGCCCCCACGCCCCUUUGCUCGCCUCAUCCCACGCCUAUUCCGACCAUGAUGGCAAUGACCACGAUGAGAGCCUGGCCUCUGAGCUGGAAUACUCAGGAGGCUGGUUCAUAUGGAUGUUGACUUUUUCCGCUGGGAUAAGCGGCCUACUAUUUGGAUAUGAUACAGGUGUUAUCUCGUCUACUUUGGUGACCAUCGGGUCAGACCUUUCCGGCCGAACAUUGACAACACUCGAUAAAAGCCUCAUUACAUCAUGCACUAGCUUAUUUGCGUUGAUUGCGAGCCCGUUCACCGGAGUGCUGGCGGACAAGUUUGGUCGUCGGAAAGUCAUACUUGGGGCGGAUCUGUUGUUUGCACUUGGAGCAUUGGUACAGGCCUUUACAAGCCAGGUUUGGGGGAUGAUCCUUGGACGCAGCAUUGUUGGUCUUGCUGUUGGUAGCGCGAGUGCGGUGACUCCAUUGUAUAUAUCCGAGUUAGCUCCUUCACACGCAAGAGGAAGACUUGUGACGAUCCUCAGUCUGUUCAUCACCGGUGGCCAGGUGGUGGCAUACAUAGUCGGUUGGCUGUUUUCUAGUACAACUGGAGGUUGGCGGUGGAUUGUGGGAAUUGGUGCAUUGCCGGCCUUUUUCCAACUCGCCAUCCUCGCUCUGCUACCCGAGACGCCUCGAUGGCUGCUCCAGGCUGGAUUUGAUGCCCGAGCGAAGACAGUCCUGUCCAAGAUCUAUCAGGAUUGCCCUGGAUGUGACCGGGUGGUGGAUCAUGUCUUGCGCAAUAUCAACGCGGAAAUUGUCCAAGAGGCGUCGGAGAUGGGACCAGUUAAGUCUCGUGGCACAAAGCCCCAGUGGUUGCAUGAUACCAUCCAACGGGGUCAGCAGUUGUUGCAUGGUGGAAAUAGAAGAGCAUUGAUCAUAGCAAUGAUGCUCCAGGCAGUCCAACAGCUCUGCGGAUUCAACAGCUUGAUGUAUUUUUCGGCAACCAUCUUCUCCUCUCUUUCGUUCUCGUCGCCGACACUGACAUCACUCUCGGUGGCUAUGACGAACUUUAUCUUCACGCUGCUUGCAUUCGUGCUGAUUGACAGAAUCGGUCGCCGGCGCAUUCUCCUGUAUUCAAUACCUGUCAUGGUCGUUGCUCUGGUCGUCUGUGCUUUCUCGUUCUCGUCAAUGGAUGGCAAAUGGAAUCCACAACCUCCAACUGAUCACCAAGAAAACCAUGAUAGCACUAAUUCCCUUGUGCCCCUUGCAAUUCUGCUUUGCCUUACUGUCUAUACGGCGGCAUAUGCCCUUGGGCUCGGCAACGUCCCUUGGCAGCAGUCUGAGCUCUUCCCUCUGAAUGUACGUUCCCUAGGGUCAGCACUGGCCACUGCAACCAACUGGGGAUCCAACUUUAUCAUCGGUCUUACUUUCUUGCCUAUGAUGGAAUUGAUCUCUCCCUCAUGGACGUUUGCUCUCUAUGCACUCGUCUGUGUGGGUGGAUGGGUUGCUGUAUGGGCAAUCUACCCCGAGAUGAGUGGACUUAGCCUAGAGGAAGUCAAGGGCCUGUUAGCAGAUGGCUGGGGCCGUGUGAAGAAAAUCUAUCAAUCUCUGGAACGUGAAGAGAUUCGCUCUUCGUCCUUUACCUCUUCUUUCUUACGUCUUCCGCCUCGUAUCGAACUGCAUAGCCUCUUAUUCCUAGGUCGCUCUUUGCACUUUACAUCUUCUGUUCACAUCUUCGCCUCACGUCAUAUAGACAUGUCGUCCAACAACCCCGUGCGGUCCGAUUCAGUUGCCAUGCCAAGUGCUCCAAGCCGACUGCUCGAGCUUCCGAAUGAGGUUCUCCAGGACAUUGCAUGCUAUCUCCCUAACGAUCGUGAUGUUUUCCAUCUCUCCCAGUCUUGCAAAGAGAUGUGGAACAAGGUCUUCGGGUCCGACUCGUCCGUCUGGCGAUAUCUCUUUGGUAAACACUACGAUAUUGUUCCGGGGAAAAAUUCAGGGGAGUUGAAGAUCGAAUACCAAAUCCGUGCCAUUGUGCUGGGCGCUACGAUCAGAUUCAAAGAGAAGGAAGAUGAUCGCCAAUUCCUCUGGAUGGAGGUCAUGCAGACUAUGCUCGAGGAGUCUCUGCAACUAACCAUCGUUCCUGGAUCGACCCCAAAGACCCUGCAAUGCAUACAGGAGAAACUCGAGAAGGUGGAUUUUUUGAGCGAAUUUCAGAAAGAACCUUCCUCAAAACUCUUUUAUGGUCUCCAGCUUAGCCUGAGUGCGUUUGCUCUCGAUCCAACGAUCACCGAUCACUGCCGUCGAACCGACUACGACAUCAAACAGGUUUACGCAUAUGGAGAGAAGCUGGGCAAGGCAUAUAUCGACCACAAAAAGCUCGAUCUCGUCAAACUGCUGAACCUGCGCAAUUUCUGGCAACGUCAUCUUUUGAACACCUCCGAGUUCACCUUCCAGGAAUCCUUCUCCGCGCUGCCUGCAGAGAUGAAGCCCAAGACACGAAAGGAGCUUCCAAUCGAGGAAUCCAAACUAAGCUCAUCGUGGCUAGGAUACUACUCAUGCAUGCAUCCGAUAUCAGACCUGCAAGACAACGAGCGCCAGUCAUGCGCUGAUCUUGAGACACACGGUGACGGGGUCGAGAUCAUGACCCUUGACCUCGCAACCUCCGAAGAGUUUUGGCCCAAGCAAUGCAGUAAGAUCAUGCCUCUCGCUAAAGGCCGCAAUAUCAAACGGACAUAUUUCGAUGGCAAGCAGAGAGCCUAUAGUGGCGCCCAUGAGGCGGGAAACCACGUAUUCGGGUUUACCGAAGAGAUUGCUGUUUCACAUGGUGGCUUUGAGGGAUGGAUGCGGAUCUGUUUUAUCAUCGCCGAAGCGGAUGAAGAUGAUGAAGAGAAGCAUUCCCCCCUCGUAAUGGACGGCCCCGGCUGGAUCCAUGGUUAUGAGGCUGUUAUCAUCCCCGGUGGGCGCCUGAUGCUUGGACGGUGGUUGGAUAUGAAGGAAACAGGUGCCAGAGGCCCAUUCAUCUUCUGGGACGUGUGA